GUAUAAAUUUCUUAGUUCAACCUAACUACCUCCUACAUCUUCCCUUUUUCCAUAUGAACAUAUGAACGUAUGAACGCCUCAUGACUUGUAUAGAGCUGUUGCAGCUCGCACCACACUAAUGACUGGUUCUAUGGGUUUAAUGGGAUCAAUAGGUUCAAUAGGCGCAAGCUUGUUGCUGGCGACCUUAUAUUCGACCUUUGCGUUGGCUUCGAGCCAUGGCCAACCCUACGGUCAAGAACAGCUCCCUUUAGACACAUUCGAUUAUGAAGAAGCUUGUCCCGAUUACACACAGUACUCGGCAUAUCCGCAUCGUCCUCUAAGCGAUGGUCCCCUCCAGCUACCUUUCCAAAGACCUGACCCUCGAUGUCGCACCUUUCAGUCGGAUGCUAUUGAGCAAGUCAUAAAAGAUGUAACUUCUCGUAUGAAAGAUCCCGAUCUAGCACGUCUAUUCGAGAAUGCCUUUCCUUCCACGACAGAUACCACCGUCAAGUUCCACACAAAAGGUAACGAUAACAAGAAGAAAUCUUGGAGAGGUUCCUAUGAUGAAGGAAAGUGGGAAGGGCCGCAUUCUUUCGUCAUCACGGGAGAUAUCAUUGCCGAAUGGCUCAGAGAUUCGACCAACCAACUCUCCCCGUAUCAACCCUUGGCGAAGAAGGACCCGGCUAUAUACGACUUGAUCUUAGGCGCAAUCAAUACACAAUCCGAGUAUGUCAUAGAAUCGCCAUAUUGUAAUGCCUUUCAGCCACCGCCUAUCAGCGGGUUGCCCGUGUCGCAUAAUGGCCAAGACGACAUUGUACAUCCUGCGUAUGAACCUUCGUUUGUCUUUGAGUGCAAGUACGAACUAGACUCGCUCGCGCAUUUUCUCGCCCUCUCCAACGAUUUCAAUGACCAUACGGGAUCUACCGAAUAUCUGACGGCGCGUUGGUACUUGGCGUUGGAAACUUUAUUAAACGUCCUUGAGCAGCAAUCAAAGCCGACGUUUGAUUCCGAGACAGGCCAAUAUCGCCGUAAUGAGUACACCUUCAACCGUAAUACCAACACGGGGACCGAGACACUGAGCCUCAAGGGUGUGGGAAACCCUCUAAACAAUGGAACCGGACUUAUACGAUCUGCGUUUCGACCAAGCGACGAUGCUACCAUAUUGGGCUUUUUUAUUCCCGCAAAUGCAAUGAUAGCUGUCGAACUGAAACGGACUGCCAAUGUCCUUAAGAGUGUGGGCAAGAACGUUCUGGCGCAGACUGUUGAAACGUGGAGUCAAACUAUCAACGAUGGAGUCUGGGAUCACGGAACCGUGCAACAUAAGGAUUUUGGUGAGGUCUUUGCAUACGAGGUGGACGGAUACGGCUCAUCUAUCCUAAUGGACGACGCGAAUUACCCGUCUCUCUUAGCUUUGCCUCUGAUGGGUUUUGUGAAGGCAAGCGACGAAACUUACCAAAAUACGCGACGUAUGCUACUUGCUAAAGGAUCGAACCCUUAUUAUCUCGCUGGAAGAGAGUUCAAAGGCAUUGGAGGUCCUCAUAUUGGCUUGUCAAAUGCUUGGCCAAUGAGUCUUCUCAUCCAGGCCCAAACGUCUGACGACGACGAAGAAAUAUCGGAAUGCUUGGAUUUGGUUCUCAAAUCGGGAAAACUUGGUCUAAUCCAUGAAAGUGUCGAUGUCAAUUUUAUCUCGUCUUAUACAAGAAGCUGGUUUGCUUGGGCAAAUGGCGUAUUCGCUGAAACGAUUCUCGAUCUAGCCAAGCGGAAACCGCACUUGAUUUUUAAGGCGCCAGCUUUACCUUACGAAAUAUGAUCUUACUGGCGGGGAGAGCUAGGGCAGAGCCGUAAUGCUGCCAUAUCGUAGCCAGGCGAUAAUUAUGCUCGUCGACUGUUUAUAACGGAUUUGUAGGUAUAUAUGAGACAUGCCACAUUGGAGCGUAUUUUUUCUAGACGCAUGAUUAUACUGGAAAGGCGCAAUACCAUUGAGUUGAUUUACCUGGAACGGGCUCGAGAUACGAGAGUGUACGCCGCAUUCAGGCAGGAUUAUCAUAUUCACAUGGUAGUAUGGAAUAGU